UGUCCUUCACCAUUGCCCUGAGAGGAGGACUUCUGGGAAUGUGAUGGAGGACAUGUCCGCUUGAGGGACUCACUCCUGGUACCUGCUUUUCACCCUGCUACUUCAGAUGGCAAACCAGAUCCAAUCAUUCUUUGAGACAAGCACAAUGGCACUGUGUAAAGAAGAGACUAUUCCGAUGACCCUGGACAUGCUGACGAGUAAAAAAGUGGAGACAAAUAAUCCUCAAGCCAGAUGCCUCCUCUCGACGCUGGCAUCGGCCAUGUGCAGCCAACAUGCAUCAGACGUGGAAAAACUGCAGCAAGAACUGAAAAACAUGCAGAGGGACAUGAAGGAUUUCAAGCAAGAGGUGACAAGGGUGAUCUGUAAAAUAGAGGGCACCCUGAGCUACAUGAUGGAGGUGGUAACAAGACUUGAAACCAGAAGCAACCAUGUGGAGCAGCGGCUGAGGGAAGAAGAAGACAGAGGCAUAGUACGGAACAAAGUACUCACAUUCUUACUGCCGAGGGAGAAAGAACUGCGGGCGAAAUGUGCUGAUCUAGAGAGGAGGCUUUGGAGGAAAAAUGUCUAGGUAUAUAAAUCCUCAACGACAACGGGGAAAAAUAAUAGUGUCGUACCUGAGAACUGCUCUGGACUCACAAGCAAGACUGAUCUUUGAAUACCUGAGCAGUUAUGCCAAAACCCUCGCUAUUUGGAAACCAAGCUAUAAAAAGAGGGUCUUUAUACCAUU